GUAGGGACAAAAUGGCUGCUCAUGCCAGGCAUCCUGUGUUGGCUGAGGCCAGUCGAGCCGGACGCACCACAGAUAUCUGGCACUCCCUGACUAAGGACCUGGUUGAGGAGAGCAUUCCCUGCGGGACACAGGAAAGGAAGAGGAGGCCGUCCACAGCCAGGCAACACAGGCAUGAAUACUCCAGGUAUGACCCUUGAACACAAUCAGUAGGAAAGUGUCAAGUCAUGCCAAGGUGACUGUGGUGCUGGCUUACUGUGAUGAUGAUGGAGAUGAUGAUGGUGAUGAUGGUAAUGAUGGAGAUGAUGAUGGAGUUGAUGAUGGUGAUGAUGGAGGUGAUGAUGGAGAUGGUGAUGGUGAUGAUGGAGAUGAUGAUGAGAUGAUGAUGGUGAUGAUGAUGGAGAUGAUGAUGGAGAUGAUGAUGGAGUUGAUGAUGGAGGUGAUGAUGGAGAUGAUGAUGAUGGAGAUGAUGAUGAUGAUGAUGAUGAUGAUGAUGAUGAUGAUGAUGAUGAUGAUGGAGAGAUGAUGGUACAGUUGAAGUUUACAUACACCUUAGCCAAAUACAUUUAAACUCAGUUUUUCACAAUUCCUGACAUUUAAUCCUAGUAAAAAUUGUCUUAGGUCAGUUAGGAUCACCACUUUAUUUUAAGAAUGUGAAAUGUCAGAAUAAUAGUAGAGAGAAUGAUUUAUUUCAGCUUUUAUUUCUUUCAUCACAUUCCCAGUGGGUCAGAAGUUUACAUACACUCAAUUAGUAUUUGGUAGCAUUGCCAUUAAAUUGUUUAACUUGGGUCAAACGUUUUGGGUAGCCUUCCACAAGCUUCCCACAAUAAGUUGGGUGAAUUUUGGCCCUUUCCUCAUGACAGAGCUGGUGUAACUGAGUCAGGUUUGUAGGCCUCCUUGCUCGCACACGCUUUUUCAGUUCUGCCCACACAUGUUUUAGGAUUGAGGUCAGGGCUUUGUGAUGGCCACUCCAAUACCUUGACUUUGUUGUCCUUAAGCCAUUUUGCCACAACUUUGGAAGUAUGCUUGGGGUCAUUGUCCAUUUGGAAGACCCAUUUGCGACCAAGCUUCAACUUCCUGACUGAUGUCUUGAGAUGUUGCUUCAAUGUAUCCACAUAAUUUUCCUUCCUCAUGAUGCCAUCUAUUUUGUGAAGUGCACCAGUCCCUCCUGCAGCAAAGUACCCCCACAGCAUGAUGCUGCCACCCCCGUGCUUCACGGUUGGGAUGGUGUUCUUCGGCUUGCAAGCCCCCAUUUUUUCCUCCAAACAUAACGAUGGUCAUUAUGGCCAAACAGUUCUAAUUUUGUUUCAUCUGACCAGAAGACAUUUCUCCAAAAAGUACGAUCUUUGUCCCCAUGUGCAGUUGCAAACCGUAGUCUGGCUUUUUUAUGGCGGUUUUGGAGCAGUGGCUUCUUCCUUGCUGAGCGGCCUUUCAGGCUAUGUCGAUAUAGGACUAGUUUUACUGUGGAUAUAGAUAAUUUUGUACCUGUUUCCUCCAGCAUCUUCACAAGGUCCUUUGCUGUUGUUCUGGGAUUGAUUUCCACUUUUCGCACCAAAGUAUGUUCAUCUCUAGGAGACAGAACGCGUCUCCUUCCUGAGCGGUAUGACGGCAGCGUGGUCCAAUGGUAUUUAUACUUCCGUACUAUUGUUUGUACAGAUGAACGUGGUACCUUAAGGCGUUUGGAAAUUGCUCCCAAGGAUGAAACAGACUUGUGGAGGUCUACAAUUAUUUUUCUGAGGUCUUGGCUGAUUUCUUUUGAUUUUCCCAUGAUGUCAAACAAAGAGACACUGGGUUUGAAGGUAGGCCUUGAAAUACAUCCACAGGUACACCUCCAAUUGACUCAAAUGAUGUCAAUUAGCCUAUCAGAAGCUUCUAAAGCCAUGACAUCAUUUUCUGAAAUGUUCCAAGCUGUUUAAAGGCACAGUCAACUUAGUGUAUGUAAACUUCUGACCCACUGGAAUUGUGAUACAGUGUAUUAUAAGUGAAAUAAUCUGUCUGUAAACAAUUGUUGGAAAAAUUACUUGUGUCAUGCACAAAGUAGAUGUCCUAACCGACUUGCCAAAACUAUAGUUUGUUAAAAAUAAAAUUAAAAUUUGUGGGGUGGUUGAAAAACGAGUUUUAAUGACUCCAACCUAAGUGUAUGUAAACUUCCGACUUCAACUGUAUGUCUGCGGUGUUGUGCCAAAGUGCCUCAGGCAGUGUGCGGAUCACAGAUGUCCAGCUGCAGGGUCUGUUAGUGAGGCUGGGGAACUCCUCCCAGAGACAGCAGGACAUCGGGGGGUUCCGUCUCCAGCAAAACGUAGCGGGACGUCCCAUCGCAGAGUUCCGCUUCCCUCCCAGAACACUCCUCCAGCCAGCUAGCUCUGUUACAGUAGGCCUACGAUGACAACACAGACAUUAACCCUUUGGUGAAUAUUGUUAUAGAUGUUCACCAAGGGGAACAAAAAAAGCGUCAUUUAACAACUUAAUCAAUCAUUCUAGGAGGUGGUUUAUGCUAUGACAGAGGUUUUGUGAAGUCGACUCAGUUUUGACCGUGAUUUGUACUGUACUGUAAGGUUUGGUCUGAAGCGUCUGGAAGGAAGACACAGAGCCCAGGGGAAUUCCUUUGGGCAGGGCUGGAGCACAUCAUGUUGGGACCAGAGUGCACCACAAUCCUAUGCAAAGACAAUGGCCAAGUGAGAACACUGUGAGGGGUGAAGGAUGAUUGAGUGUUCUGCUCCUUUGGUUUGAUAGACUGAUAGUAUAUCAUUGAUCCAGGACUGCAUUAUUUGCCCCUUUAUCGCAUCAUUCAUCUAAAAAAGACAUUUCCUACAAGUCUCUCUAUAUGCUAUUACUUGUAUGUUUGCAUUGAAUGUGCUGUAUACAUAACAUGUGAUGAUCUGCAUACUCUGGUGGGUGGCUAGGCCAUAGCAUGGUACACACCUGCACGCUGUACUGGGAUAAAGCCACACCAGGCCUGGGCUGAGCCUGAUGAGAAAGUGGAGAGCUGCAGAGAGGACACUUUGUCCUGUGAAGAGGCAAGCAUCCCUGCUACAAAGAUCAACUGCCCUGACAACACACCCUUUCUUCUGAUUAAAAGGUCAUCUUUGUAUUCAAAUGCAACAUUCAAGUCAUGCUCUGUUGAGGUACCAUUAGAACAAUAAUUGAUUGAAGCAUCACAUAAAGUGAUACUAUUUCUUUAAUGCUAGUGGUUUGAUUUUCCUACAGGAAGAAGCAUGUCUUUAGGGUAUGCCACAGUCCAUGGACCCAGAACCCUUCAUCCAUAACCCAUCCUUUCUGCUCCCCCUGUGCUCUGCUAGACUUCCGGGCCCAGCCCCAGAGCAACCCUGCAAGGCCACACACCGGUACAGACCUCCAUAGUUAAAGUCAGAACUCUUAUUCCGUCAUUGAAUUGAAUCACUUUUCUUUCCCUGAUUCCUUAAUUUAAUUUAGAAUGCGUGACACACUGAACUUGAGAGUUAAGUGUAUCAUAGUAUGGUUCUCAAAGUCAAAGUGUGUGUACCAUCACAUGCAGCCGGUGUCCAGGCCAGAAGACAUGCCACCCUACGUUCCCAGAGGACUGGAGUGGGGGGAGGGCCUGUUCGAUCAGCAGUGGUAUGUAGAUAUUACACAUGCUAUGUUCUUCUUGCUGCUGACACUGAACAAUGUAACUGGUCAUUUUGUGAAUAGAGAAACUUUAGAUGAUUUAGUAGGGGACUAUUCAAAGUCAGUGUUAGUAACAUCCCACUGGACACAGACAUCAAUUCAAUGUUUAUUUCAUUGAAAUGACGUGGAAACAACGUUGAUUCAACCAGUUCGUACCAAGUCGGAUGACCAUUACCCAGAGUACAGUAAACAUAUGGUUGCUUUGUGAGUUGUGUGUCAGCCCUGUGUAGGAGGCAUGAUGUUCCUUGGCCCUCAGCCCCCCUGCGCCUCCCCCCUCCAGCAGUACCGCACUGCAGCUACUCUACACAGCCACAACAGUGUUAUCACUGCU